AUGAUGGUAAUAUUCAUAAUAAUUUUGUUAUUGCUCGUAUAUUUUCUAUUGAAACAGCGAAAACAGUAUAAUGAAGUUUGGAAAUAUAUCCAUGAAAUACCUGGUCCUCCAGCUGUACCGUUAAUUGGUACCAACUACAAGCUAAUGCCAUCUGAGUUAAUAUUUGCCAGAGAAAGAGAAAGGAUGCGACAGUUUUAUCCAAUAUAUAAAUCAUGGGUUUUGAUAUUUCCUUUUGUACAUCUUGCUGGUCCAGAUGAUGUAGAGCUAAUACUUAACAAAUCUAUUCAUAAUACAAAAGGUAUAUCCCACAGGAUUAUGUUAGAAGAUUGGUUGAAAACUGGAUUAGUAAUUAGUUCAGGACCGAAAUGGCACAAAAGAAGAAAAAUGUUGACGCCUGCGUUCCAUUUUAAUGUUUUACGAAAUUUUGUGGAAGUAUUUUACAAAGAAUCCGAGGCUCUUGUUGAGAGUUUCAGAAAACAUUGUGGAGAACCCUAUAUCGAUGUAGAGAAAUACGUUAAUCAAUAUUCUUUAUACGCAUUUUCAGGAACUUCUUUGGGCAUGCCUCUACGUGAAAACCCAAAAUCUAAAGGGUAUCUGAGGACUCUUCAACAAUACAAAUGGCAUUUAAGUUACAGAAUCGAACAUCCCUGGCUUUUAAUACCUUUUAUCUUCAAACGAAGCUCAGCUUACAAUGGAUUUAUGAAAACCAUAAAAAAGUUACAUGAGUUUUCAGAAUAUAUUAUAGAUGAAAGAACUAAAAUGUUUAAUUAUAAUGAACAUCAUGCAAACACAAAAUUGCCUCUUUUAGAUCUGAUGUUACAUAUUAAGCAGACUUCUGGAGAUAUCGAUGAUGAAGGUAUUAAAGAAGAAUUGGAUACUUUUAUAGGAGCGGCUCAUGAUACAACCGCGAUGUCAAUAUGUUUUACACUGAUGUUAUUAGCUAACAAUCAAACCAUACAGAAUGAAAUUUACCAAGAAAUAGAAUCAAUUAUUGGCGAUUCGAAACCUCCUUCAUACAACGAUUUGGCAGAGUUGAAAUAUAUGGAAAGGUGUAUCAAAGAAAGCCUGAGAUUGUAUCCGACUGUUCCAGUGAUGAAUAGAAUCCUAGGGGAACAAGUAGUGACUAAAAGCGGUUAUACCAUUCCAAAAGGUUGUAACGUCUUGAUAAAUAUUUACGACAUGCAUAGAAGUUGUCAACUUUGGGAAAAUCCUGAAAAAUUCGAUCCCGAUAGAUUUUUACCGGAAAAUACUGUCAACAGACAUCCGUUUGCUUAUUUGCCAUUCAGUGCCGGAGGCAGGAAUUGUAUAGGCCAAAAAUACGCUAUAUUAGAGUUGAAAACAGCCCUUUGCGUGAUUUUGAGGAAUUUCAUCUUGGAACCAGUAGACACGCCGCAAAAUGUGAUGUGUAAGAAUCAAGUCACUUUAAGGCCAGCGAAUGGCAUAAAAGUUAAAUUCGUACCUAGAGUUUAA